AAGGAAAUAGUGAAGUGAUUUGUGGUGAUUUUGGCGUUGAUUGUCCCUUUGAAGAGUGAAGAAAAUAAGUACCAGUAUUUGUUUUGAGAAUGGGCUCAAUUUGCCGCAGAUAACAGUAAGCAUUAGCGAAAUGGUUGGAGCUCAGAUGGGUUCGUCGCUUUGGAAUAGUCUCAAAUGUCUUUGUUCCGCUCAUGGUUGGUCUUACGCCGUUUUCUGGCGCUCUCAUCCUCCUGAUUCCUUGUUCCUGUCUGUGGAAGAUGCUUACUACGAAGGCCAGCUGGGACACGAAAUUACUAAGACGAUUCCGCAGCUUCAUUUCCUGGGUGAAGGAAUUGUUGGUCAAGUUGCUUUUACUGGCACUCGCAGAUGGAUUUUCUCAGAUGCUCAAACCCAAGAGUGGAAUUCAACUGGUGUCUUUGGAGGUCUAGAUCAUUGUGAGCUUGAUUCUGACUUGCGUCAACAAUUCUCCUCUGGGAUCAAGACUAUAGCUGUGAUAUCUGUUAAACCAUUGGGAGUAGUACAACUUGGAUCCACACAGAAGAUCUCGGAGAGAGAGGAAAUUUUGGAACAAACACAAAGACUGUUCAUGGAGACGGACAAUUUCGAUGCAGUUGACGCAACAGCAAAUAUGGUUUUAGCUUGGGAUUUUGAAAAUUAUGAUCUGAAUGGAUUGUUGGCCUCUGAAAACUUGUGUUCUUGGAAUCUCAGCCCUGAAGAUGACAAUAACAUCAAUGGGGGAAUGAGAAAUGCUUGUUUUUCAACAGGCAUGGAUAAUUCUCUCCUCUCCACUUUUAAGAAUCAAGAAGAUGGAAUGACCAACUUGCAUGGGGAAUCUUCUUGUCUCAGCGAUCAGUUGACAACAGCCGCAGAAGCUCAAAUAGGAUUAUCAGAGAAGGAUAGUUUUGAAGUUCUCUUAAAUCCUAACUCUUGCGUGAAAACCCAUGUUUUGGCACACAGAGCAGUGAAGUUUCUUUGGCUUCAUCAAUGGCUCAAGAUGUUGCUGCUGAGGAUUCAGUUCACUUCUUCUCCAGAACAUAGCACCUGUGCAACAAACAACACUACAUUGGAAAAUUCUCUUUCUCAAUCCUUAGAAUUCAAUCCCACUUUUGUUGCCUUAAGUGGUGAUCUGCUAAAAAAUUUCUCGGAUGGACACCAAACGCCUACCCUUAUGCAUACUUUUGAAAGCAAUACCGGCCUUGAUUUUGUUGGUGAGUGCUGGGGGAAUAUGAUUGCACCAAUGGUGAAAUCUGCUACUGACACUGCUUCAUCUCGACGCCAAUCAGAGUUGAAUACUGUUACACCUAAUCAUGCCGCCAAGAAGGGAUUGUUCGCAGAGCUCGGCAUUGAAGAGCUUUUGAAUGGUGGAUCCAGUUUUGAGGAUCAGAUUUCUACUACUAAAAGGCGUAGGACAGAUUCAUCCGGGAGUACUAAUCCUGUUUCUAAUUUGGACAAGACAAACCAUCUUGUACACAAGAAAGAGAUAUUUCCUAAGUCGGUGAUAGGGUCGUGGAUGGACCAUAGCCAUUGCUUCAAUGGUGUUAAGGUUGUUCCUCAAAAGCCAGAGGAAUCCACAAAGGUCUCAAGGAAGAGGGCUAGGCCAGGAGAAAGUACUCGACCCCGACCAAAAGAUCGCCAGCAGAUCCAAGACCGUAUUAAAGAGUUGAGAGGGAUCAUCCCCAGUGGUGGAAAGUGUAGCAUUGACUCUUUGUUGGAUCGCACCAUCAAAUACAUGCUUUUCUUACAAAGUGUCACAAAAUAUGCAGACAAGCUGCAAGAGCCUGAAAGCCCUAAGCUCAUAGAGGAGGCAAACAGUACGGUUGCAAAGAGCAAAAGUAUGGGAGAAUCCGAUAUCAAGGGUGGCGGUUGUGGUGGAGUUACAUGGGCGUUUGAAGUUGCAGGUCAAAAAAUGGCAUGCCCGAUUGUAGUGGAGGACAUGAACCAACCAGGUCAAAUGCUCAUAGAGAUGCUUUGUGAGGAGCAGGGCUUGUUCCUCGAGAUAGCCGAAAUAAUCCGUGGAUUUGGACUGAACAUUCUUAAAGGAAAGAUGGAAAUUAGGGACAACAAGUUAUGGGGACGCUUCAUUGUUGAGGCAAGCAGACAUGUAACAAGGAUUGACGUAUUUUGGUACCUAGUUCAGCUUCUACCGCAGACAAAUGCAUCUGGAAUGGAUAAUUAUCAGAAAACUGAUAUGACACUUCCUGCUAUGGCCAUGACUUGAUAAGGAUUUCUAAAGCAAAUCACCUUGAGCACUGGUGAAUUCAACUAGUGUUUCAAUUACUUGUUGCUGUGAUAGGUGUUUUUAGGAGCCAUUCAUAUGACAUCAAUUAUAGAUUAGGUUCAUUCCAAUUCAAGAGCUUCUCCCACUGAUCAAGCUGAUACUGAUUUUGUAUAUACAGACAUUAGGUAAGCUAGCUACUGUUUAGGUCUUUGCCUGUACUAGCCAAAUUGUUCUCCUCCUUACUCCACCCUUUAAACAGCUUGCUCUUCCUUGGCUGCCUCCGAGAGAGCAGAAAACACUUCAUCAAUGUAGUUUGAAUAAUACAGAAAAUUUCAAUUUCUUUCCA